AGUUUCCUACUGCUGCCAUUAUUUUUAUGUAAUCAUGAUUUAAAUAAUACCGACGAAUACGCUGGUGAGGGACUGAUUCAUGUUUUAUAAUAAUUAUUAAAACAUAUAGUACGAAUUAAAUGGUUUUUGGGAACUCGACUUCACUUCCCAUUCGUUUCCGCUCUGCUAUAACAUUUGGUGACGGUCCCUUACGGGUUUUUCGUUUUUGGCGCGUAAAAAUAAAUUGGAUAUUUUAAAACCCGGAAUACACAGAAGAGUUUAUCUUAAAAAAAAAAAAACCCGCAAUUUUCUGACACCAGGUACGAUAUAGUCUUUUUUUUACUUACUGUCACAAUGUCAGCGCAGCAAUUACACUCGUCGCAUAUAAAAGCUAUGAAAGUCCACUUCAGCGUAAUGCUAAUAUGUAGCUACUCUACUGUGUAACCAAAACGCCGUGCAGAAGUACGUGUCGCUUUUCUAUGGUCAUCUUAACUAGCUAGCGCUGGUUAUACUGGAUUUAACGUCUCCACAUGCAUUACAAGUUAUCAAUUCAUGAUUAAUUACGGAGAUCAUAACCGGACUAAAAAUAUCUGCGCGAGGGAUUUCACAUAUUUAUAUGCGCUUUCCAUCAGCGACAUAAAUGAUUUUCGACAGAGAUGAAGCAGCUAUUUUUUUCCUUAAAUGUUUCGUGUCUGUUAACUUCUUUAUUAUUAAUUAAAAGAUUGAUUCAAGUCAUACCUGUGGGCGUCAGUAAAGAACUGACGAUACUCUAUAGUGCUGGUAGUAAUUGUAAGUACCGUGUCAAGAAAUGCCGUGAUUUAAUAAGUCGCUCAUGAUCGUUUUGAUGAAGUUUUUAGGCGGAAAUCCAGCUGUGUGGAGCUGCGCAUCUGUUCGUAUUUGCGCAGAUCGCAUAACGGGCCUGCAAACUGACCAGGUGGAAAUGCUGCGUAAGAAAAGAGCUGCCGCGGAGAAGAAUGAAAAAGCAGCUGAAGCUCCCAAGAAGAAGAGUCGCAGUAUUAAAUCCACGGGUCAGAGUAAUGUAGAUGAUGUAUUUACCCGGCUCCUGCUGGAGGCAGGAAUCUGCUUGAAGGCAGACAACUCACCCAAUGAAAUCGUUGUAGACCAAGCUGUCUUCCAGAAGAGGUUACAUAACCUGCUUAAGAAGAGUCCUCAGUACCCAAAUAUAAUCAAGGAGUUCAUAUCUGGGCUGGAGUCUUACAUUGAGGACCAGGAGAAAUUCAAAAACUGCCUCCUACCUUGUGUCCCUCAGGCGCUGGAUGAGUCCACCAGCUCUGUCUCCUCCUAUCAAGAAAGCCUUGUACGUCUCCUGUUAGGUGUUGAAAUACUCCAGUCUUCUGUUCUAGGGGUUUUAUUUGAGAAACUUCCAGAGUUCAUGUUCGAUGGUGUCGAGGAGAGUGGCCUAAAUAUCUGUCACAUUGUAAUAAACCAGCUGAAGUGGUUGGACAGAAUCGUGGACUGUAAGGAUUUGGCAGCAAAGCUGCUGGAGCUGGUUGCCGUGGCACCUUUGGAGCUCCAGCGUGACAUCAUCACCAGCCUGCCAGAGAUCCUGGAAGACUCCCAGCAUGGAGACAUCGCCCAAGAGCUCAAAUCCCUACUGCAGCAGAACACCAAGCUGACUGUGCCCAUUCUGGAUGCCCUGUCAAGUCUCAGCUUGAGUCCUGCUCUGUUGACUGAGGUGCGUGGGGUCAUCAUGACCACCCUGGUUGCUGUGCAGCUCGAGGACCUCCCUGUCAUUGUCAAGUUUAUCCUGCACACAGUCUCUGCUCUGGAUGCCUGUGAGGUGGUUUCUGACCUGCGGAGGAAGCUGGACCUGGAGUUGUGCGUGGCCCCUCAACAUAAUACGAAGGCUGGCACAAAGGGGUUGUCCAAGUUCCCACCAGACAAUAGUAAAGAGGACUGUGUUUCCCUGCUUUUGGACGUCAUCAAGACUGCCGUGCGCUUUCAGAAGACCAUCUCUGAGGCGUGGAUGAAGGCCGUUGAGAAUGUGGUUGAGACGGACGAGCACAAGGUCAUUGACCUGCUGGUGUUGUUCAUCCUGCACACCACUAACGCCAACCAUAGCCGGAGGGGGGCUGAGAAACUGCUGCGUAUCAAGGUGAGGGAGGGGCACAUCCGAGAGGCUCUGCUGCAGAGGACGUUCCGGGGACACGGCCAGGUGAUGCGGAGUUUCUUUCCCUCCAUCUUGUCUCUGGCCCAAAUCCUGCUCCGAUCUCCGGAAACCUGUGUUGUUUCGUUUGGGGGAUCCCUGUAUAAACUGGCCUUCACCGCCUUCGACUCGUACUGCCAGCAGGAGGUGGUGGGCUCUCUGGUCACCCAUGUGUGCAGCGGCCUUCUUGGUGAGGUGGACGCGGCUCUGGAGCUGCUAUGUGAGCUGGUGACUCAGAAGCCGGAGGAGAUGGCGCGCUAUGCGGUCUUUGUGAAGGGUAUCCUGGACUACAUGGACAGCCUGACACCUCAGCAGAUCCGUCGGCUGUUUUACGCAUUGAGCUCGCUGGCCUUCGGGAAGGACCAGAGCAGCCACAUCCAGGAUGACAUGCACAUAGUAUUACGCAAGCAGCUGUCCAGCCCUGUGCCGAAGUACAGGCGGAUCGGCAUCAUCGGAGCGGUCAUGGUGAUUGGCAGCAUGGCCUCUACCAGGGACACCGAUGAAAGCAGCACUGCACCCCAGACCGGGUCCCUGCCCAAGGAGAGACACAGACAGGUGACCGGCCUACUCGAGCUGCUGCGCUCCUGCACUGAGGCCUGCCCCGAGUCGGCCGCGCUCUACUAUGAUGAACUGGCCAACCUGCUUCAGACCUACAAGCUAGACCUGCAGGUGCAGGAGUGGAUUGGGAAAAGUGUGCUGGAGGAUUUCCAGGAGGAUUUUGUGAUUGACCUGGGACCGGACAUACAGGGCUCAUUUCCCUUCCCUGCUUCUGUCAUGUACAACCUGGAUGAGGACGAGAGCCAGGGAGGCAUCGCCAUCAACCUGCUCCCUCUGCUGGCGGAGGACGUCCAACACAAGGGGGAGCAAUGGAGUCCAGCGCAGGACAAGGGCAAGAGGCGUGUGUCCCCCCUUUGCCUGGCCCCCUUCUUCCGCCUGCUGCGGCUCUGUGAGGAGAAGCAGGACCAUGGGGACCUGGAGGAGAUCGAUGCCCUGCUAGGAUGCCCGCUCAUCCUGACAGACCUUGAUGUGGUGGAGAAAGUGGACAGCCUGUCCAAGGCUGAGAGGGAGUUCCUGUGCUCCUUACUCUUCUACACCAUCAGCUGGUUCAGAGAGGUUGCAAAUGCCUUCUGCCGUCAGAAAGACCCCGAGAUGAAGAUGAAAGUAGUGUCGCGAUUACAGAACAUCACCUACCUGCAGGCUGUACUGGAGAGGCUCCUGGGGGCAACACCUGGUUUCGUGCCUCCCCUGGCGAACUUUGACUGCGACAGCUCUGAGCUGUCAGCCCUCCUGCCGCCUGCUGCCCCUCCCAAAAAAGGAAAAAAAGAGGGCUCCAGUCGGAAGCGCAAAGCGUCUAGUAAGAAUUCAUCGGGGGAAGCCUCUCAGCUGGAGGAGGGGACUGAGGUGGAGGAGUCCCAGCAGGAGCCGCCACAGGACAAGGAGCCGGCUGUGGGGGUCAGCCUGGCCUCGUACCGGCCCUUCUUCAGGGAGCUGGAUGUGGAGCUGCUGGCCGUGAUCCAGUGCGGCCUGCUUUCCCGCUCGCUUCUCGACACAGAGCUGCACAGCCACGAGAGAGUGGAGGUGCAGUUGGGCCCUGCUGAGCUGGUCUUCCUACUGGAGGACAUGUGGAGGAAGCUGGAAGUCGGCUUGACGGCAGCCCCAGCAAAGAGGUCCCCGUUCAGGAAGUCGGGCAGAAGCGUUGGUUUCUCCCACCUGCACCAGAGGUCCCCCCGGGAAAUCGCAACUUUUUGGGUCCAGCUGCUGCCCACACUUUGCACCCACCUGGAGAACUGCCACAACCACUUCCAGGCUCUGCUCUCUGCCAAUCAGGGGGUGCUGGACGGCCCUGGCCUCAACACCAAGGAACACCAACUCAUGUGCUCAGUGCUCCAGCUGCUACUGCAGAUCCUACGCACCGCUUUCAGCUGGAAUGGCUUCACCGAGCACGAGCAGCGCCCCCUACUGAAGAGUGCCUUGGAGGUUCUGGCAGGACGACUUAAGGAACACGAAGCUGCCCUGAGCCUGGAGGAGCUCAUCAGGCACAGUUUUGAAUACCUGCUGAACUUCCGCAGCUCUGUUCCCACCUUGAGCUCAGCCCUGUCCCUCACGCAGCUCCUCAUUGUGAUAUCGGCUAAUCAGACGUCCUGCAGAGGGCAGAUAGCUCCCCUUGUCCGACACUUCCUGUGCCAGGAGUGGGUGGCGCCCCCUGGAGAGAAGGAGCGAGGGGUCAGAGACAGUACUUCCCUGCAGGCCCUUCUCAGCAUUUACCUGGAAUACACAGAUGAUGUCCUGAGGGCAGUGGAAGACAUUGCAGGCACUGGGGUCACUGAGCUCAUGAACACUACCAAGGAUGGCAGCUCCAAAACCUUCCCCACUCUUAACAGGCAGACGUUUUUAGUAUUUUACCGAGGGAUGAUGGUCGAACUGGAGAAGUAUGUGCACAUGAUCCCCCCUGCCAGACAGGGCGACAGUAACGAGGUCCAGAGUGAGCGGCUCCUGACCUGGAACUUAGCUGUCAGGGACUUCCACAUCCUAGUGAACCUGGUCAAGGUAUUUGACAGCAGGCCGGUGAUUAAUGUCUGCCUGAAGUAUGGCCGUCUCUUCCUGGAAACUUUCCUGAAGUUAGGGAUGCCUUUACUGGACUUCAGUUUUAAAAAGCACAAGGAGGAUGUCCAGAGCUUGUUGAAGACCUUUCAGCUGAGCACCAGACAGCUCCAUCACAUGUGUGGCCAUUCCAAGAUCCGACAGGAUACCGGACUAACAAAUCAUGUCCCAGCACUGAAGAAGAGCUUGGAGCAGUUUGUGUACCGGGUGAAGGCCAUGUUGGCUCUGAACCACUGCCAGGAGGCCUUCUGGCUAGGCAACCUGAAGAACCGUGACCUUCAGGGUGAAGAAAUCCUGUCCCAAAGGUCACAGGCCGAUGAUCAGGAUGAAGAGGAAGAUGCCUCCCAGCUGCCAGAGGAGGAGUCCAGUGAUGAGGAGCAGAGCAGGGGCUCGGAGAAGAAAAAGAAAUACUCUGAGGAAGAGGAGGCCACAGAUGACUCUGACUGAAUCGGCUCCGAGAUCCUCCAUAUUGCUGCAAAUGCAUUUUCACUUCAGCCAGGUGGCUGAUCUGCUGCACUCUAUCCUGUUCAUGACCCAGUGCUGUGGUUGAUAUGCUACUUCUGCCAAAUGUACCAUAAUUGAAUCCACUGAGUAUUUGUAUAAUAAACACUAAUUAUUACUGCUGCACAAAUAUGCUAUCUUUAGAAAUCCAGUUCUGAAGUACAACAGAAAGCCAAUGUUCUCAUCUGGUGUAUAGCUUUGAAAAUUUAAAGAACAGCCGUUAUACAAUUUAUCCUGAAGAUUCAUUUUUUUGAAGUAAGUGGUAUAUUCUCUGGCUUUUUUAUGCUAUCUUAAUCUCUGUUACGAUUUCAUCAACAUUUCAAGUGUUUGUGCCAGUUUUGAACUGGCUGACAUCAGUAAUUGUAACUCCAGUAUUUGUGUCCCAUUUCAGUUGAAAAGUGCAAGCCAUAUGACAUAAUUUUGGUCAUGAUGCAUUUUUGACUGUAGGCAACUUUCGAGAUGCUUAUUAAAAUAGCAAUUAAAUAUAUGUUUGUGCUUUUUUCCCAUUUAACAAUUUCGUAACUUUUUCAUAACUUUUUUUAAUUGCCUUCAUUAAUAGGCAUGUAUGAAUUUACUGUUUUGUCAGGUCAGCAGUGUUAGUGUCAUGAAGUGUGAUUUUGUUUGUUGUUUUUUUUUUACUGUGAACUGCAGACAGCCCCACGUUAAUCCUGCCUGGUAAACAGCCAGACCCUAGAAAUAGCUUUGUUGCCCUAAACAGUGUUCUAGGAAGGGCCUUAAAUGUAUAUUAUGUAUAAUAAUGAUGCUACUUGAUUCUCCAUUGCACAAGCAUAAGUAUAUAGAAAUUAUUUUGUUUUAUAUACAGGCAGUCACCAGGUUCUGAACAAGAUCCAUUCCCUAAGUCUGUCGAGUUUAUAGGUAAAUUGAUACAGGUACAUCUGGUUCUUAUUUAGCGUCAAUUACUCAAAUGUUCCUUGUUUGUCUAUGCAUGUAAAACACUUAAGAAAUGCUUCCGAAUACACUAAAACAUCUUAAACGUAAUAAUACAGAACAUAAUAAUAAUGAUGUAGUAACAAUAAAAGUAACUACAUACGCUGACA